AUGCUAGUUUUCUUCUUGUGCCUGGGAAUUGUCAUCUCUGGUGACGUUAAAUUGUAUAGUAAAUACGACACUUUGCUAUAAGAUAAGUUGUUAAUUGUGACUAAGAAUGGACUGAUUUACAAAUAUGACUUAAAGUAUCAACAAAUAAGAUGGAGAUCAGAACUGGGCAUAUCGCUCUAAUCAGAUGGUAUCCAGAAUGGAACUUACUUUAUGAAACCAUACAAGGAUGGUUCAUUUCUAUUUUACGAUGAAGGAUUCUAUGAAAUACCUUCCGAAGAUUUAGAUAUUCUGUUUAAGACUUGCAAUAUGUUUCAUAACUCAUUGACCUACAAUAAUGAGUUAAUGUAUUUUUUAGAUAUUGCCACAGGAAAUAUAAAAGAGUUGACUCAAUAUGACAUUUAGCAGCUCUUGAGUUAACCGAAAAUGUAUGAAAAGGGAGUGCUAAUUCAUGUUAAAUAAAAGUUUAUUUCAGAUUUGGAGUAUGAAGACUCUCAACAACAUAAUUCUAGAAUAUAAAUUAAUUUUUUACUCAAAUACUUACGUGGAGAUUUAACUUAAGCAAAAUAUUCUAAUUCUACUAUAAUUUACAAAACCAACACUGGAAUUUAAGUUCAAUGGGCUAAUAAAACUCUUGAUCUCUAUUUGGAUGAUGAAGUAUUUGAAAUAUUCGAGUACACACCAGACUAAGGGAUCUACUCCAUCUUAUUUUCUAAAGAUCACACUAAGAGCACUGGUUUAACAGUAAUGUCUAUAGUUAAUAAUCAAUAUCAAUGUGAACUAGAGGGACAAUGUUAAUUUGAUUCUAAUUCCGAUCCUCAUGCUUUGGGAGUCUAUAAAGAUACUCAAUUUAAGCAAUGCUUGAAUUAAUUCUACAAGAUCAAAUUUUAAACUUAACUGGUUAUAUAUUAAUAGGAAAAGACAUCUGAAAAAGUAGAAUAAUGUUAGGUCGUUGAAAAUUACACUAAUCAGUUUUUAUCCAUAUUAUUGUUAUCAAUGGUGAUUGCUUAUAUUCCUUUACUGUCAUCUAAAAAAAAAUAAAAGCCCAAAGAGGUUGUCAUAGUAAAGGAACCCCAAGUGUAAUAUAUAUACAUAAAGUCUAAGGAAAUUUAAAUAAACAAAGAACGAAUUCUGGGAAUUGGAAUGAAUGGAACUUGUGUAUAUGAAGGCAUAUUCCAGGGAAAAAUGGUAGCAGUCAAAGAAAUUAAUCUUAAGAAUCUGCAAAAUAAAUAUUUAGAGAAGUUGCUUGAAGAGUCAAUAUCUAAAUAAAUGCUUUUAAAUUCUCCUUAAAUAAAUAAACUCUUUUUCUUUGAAAAAAGAAAUGAUUGUCUGUAUUUGGCUAUGGAGAAAUGUAUGAUAAAUCUUAGAGAAUUUAUUAAAUAUGAAUCUUGUUAAAAAUUGAAUGAAGCGUAAAAAUUAAAUAUUAAGUAAAAUCUUUAAAAUCCAGAAUUUUAUAAGGAAAUCUUCCUUGAUCUAUUGAAUGCUUUACAGACCUUAUUGGAAAAUAAUACCUAGCAUCAUGGGAUAACUCCAGAUAAUGUUUUAUUCAGUUAGGAUUUAAAAAUAAAAUUAGCUGAUUUUGGACUAUCGACUUUGACAGAUUACUACUAAGAAAAUCCUAAUGAUAAAAAAGUUAUUAAGAAAAUAAAUUAUUCAAUGUUAUAAUAGGUGGGCCUGAUUUUUUAUUUCUUACUAUCUAAAGGGGAUGAUUUCUCAUAGAAAUAAGCUAUUGAUUAGAAAUUUCUAAUGGAAAGAUUCAAGAAAUUUAAUAUCAAAGAAUUGGAAACUAAGGAUUUAUUGAUGAAACUUUUGUUAGAUCAAUCAAUCGGUAAUCCUUAAUGUAUUUUUACACAUCCUUACUUCUGGACCAAAUAAAAGAAACUAUCUUUUAUUUGCGAAUUUAGUGACUAUGUUGAAACAUACCCUUUACCAAACGAUCAAGUUUCGAUUCAUGACAGAUUCAUAGCAAAUUCUGUUUUUAAAGACAAUUGGGGUACUCGAUGCGGAAUGAUACUCAAAUGCUAAAUUAGAGGAUAUGAUCAAACCUAAGCCUAAUAACUAAUUAGACUAAUCCGAAAUACAAAGAAUCAUUACCAUUAACUCACAGAGGAUUGUAAAUUACUUUUAGGACCAACUGAUGAAACUUGCUUUGAUUACUGGAGCAAGCAGUUCCCAAAUCUUUUCUUUACCCUCUAUCAGCAUGCCAUUGAAAAUAGUCUCAAUCUAUUAAGUUUGAAAUGA